AUGUCAAAAAGUGCUGAAUAUGUCAAUCAUGUUUCGUUUGACGACCUGACGCCUUCUUUGGUUGAUGAUCAGAUCCAGCAUCUCAAGAAUCGCAACCUUCCCUUGACAUUCACGAAUCCGUUCGUGCAUAUACCGCCCCAGUACAAUCCAAUGUACGUAGAGUCUUCCACUCGAUUUGACGACGGAUCACCGGGAAGCUCAUAUGGUUCAGGGAAGCGGCCGCUGCUAAAUCUUGAUAUGGCAUUCGCAACCGGAUCGCAGCGAGAUGUGAAUAGCCUAGGUCAACUUGGCCCUGACUGGGGAUAUCCAGAUGAUCUUCGAAGGACCAAGAGUGAUAUGUCACCAGAUUCUUCCCGAAGCACAUCUCUCACUAGAACUAUCACCACACCAAGCAGCUUUCUCUCAGGAAAGCUUCCCCCUGCGCCAUAUGCAUCAUCUCUCAAGCUGGGCAAAGACCGCGAAGCUACCGAAAUAGAGGAUGUGGACUUAGGUAACAUGGAUAGGCACUUGGAAAAACACAUUGAGCAUGAAACCGACCGUAAUACACAGGAAAAUUCGGGAUCGGCUGCUGGCUAUACAACUUCAGCGUUCUCGCAUCUGAAUGAGGUGGAAGAUAAACUGAUGAAGGGAGGCUCGCAGGGUCCAGAGCAGAGCAAGAAGCCACCAAGAAGAAGCUUUGCAGACAUGACUGAUGAAGAAGUUGCAGAAUUAGAAAAGAAGUACGAAUCAGGAGCUAGAACAAAUUAUAAUAUGCAGCAAUUUGACUUUGGUGAGCAACAGCAGCUGUAUAUUGGUCCUGAACUCAACAAGAAUAUGGGCGCAGCAAAUCAGAAGGCGUUUUCUAUUUACCCCUCCCGUCCCUGUGUUACGCAUAAAGCUCUUUCACUGUCUAAGAUCAAUCGCAGCUUUGAUGAGUAUUUGCAAAGUGUUUCUGCAGCAACUUCUAGAGAUGCAAUGAGAACUGUUCUCUGCUACAUUUCAGGAAGACGCCAUACCUGGUCAUCCGUAGAUUGGUACGUGGAAAACGCAGCUAAAGAUGGUGACUACUUGGUAAUAAUGUCACGACUGCCGAAUUACGAACAACACCUUACAAACACCAAGUCAACGCAGAAUUCUUCUCUAGAAGAGUACCAAUUCGGAAAAAACGUUGGUUCUUCGAGGAGAAAAUCAGACCCCAAGGCACUAAGCAGCACUGAAGUAGGGUUGAUCAUUCGUGAUGUUGAUCUUCUAGCGCGUCAGAAAUGUAGUGAGAUAUUGGAUUACUAUACUGAAAAAUGCUCCAAGAAAUACAUGAAAAUUACCGUGGAGUUGAUUAAGGAAGACUCUUUCGAAAAAUCUUUGACGUCUGCUGUUUCGUUAUAUAAACCUGAUUUGCAAAUCAUUAGCACCGUGAGCACGAAUCUACAAAUCAAGUUCAAAAACGGUCAUGUGAAGUUGCCAUUUUUCAUGAUGCGACACUACUGGGUUCCAACGUGUGUUAUACCAUUCGAGUUCAUUAAUCCAGCUCUGCUAGGUGAGCCAGUAAAGGACGCACGCAAGGCACACAGGGAUCGUCGCUACAAGUCGGAUGAGGCAACUCUGGAUGAGCUUGACCAGAUCGUCCUGAAAACCUUAAAGAAUCCUUUCCAACCCAACGGAGGGGGCGCGCGCGCGCCUAUUGACGACGACAGUGAUGUAGAAGAUCGCAGCGUGAACUCAUACUUUCCCCUAGAUCCCAAAACGAAACGUAAAAUCGAGGAUUUUGAACGCGUGGGCUACUUACGUCCGAUGCCUACACGCCGUCCUUCUGACUUGAGCAAGGUAACGUCGUAUGCGUCAUCCAACAAGUCCAGUAGGCGCAGUUCACGUGUCCAAUUCAGAGAUGAUUACAGUCCGGUAUACAAGGUAAAGUCGCUUUUGGACGCCAGCGAUGAUGUUUUGGACGACAAGGACGGCACUGCCGUCAGGAAGACAAAGUCCAUCAGCAAUAUGUCGUCUCCACCAUUAUCCCGUAAGCCUUCGGCGAGACGCGUCAAAAGUCAUGACACAGUCCAAUUGAUUGGUGCCAAAAAAAAAUCUGGAAAGCUUGGAGGAUUUUUCAAGAAAUUGGGUUUUGGGAAAUGA